AGUGAAGAGUGAGUGAAGUGAAGUGACUGAAGUGGUGAGAAAGGAGAGAAUGGCCGCUGUCAAAGAAGUUGUGGCGCUUUAUCAAAAAUUAAAAGCAGAAUGGACGAAGAAACCACAAAAUCUUGAGGCGUGUGGGCAGUUAUUAUCCAAACUUAAAGUUGGCUUGACCAGUUUAAUGUUUCUCCCAACAUCAAACUCGAAGGCUUCUCAGCAGGAAUUGCUGUUGGCCCGUGAUAUUCUAGAAAUUGGAGCUCAGUACAGUAUAGCUGUGAAAGACAUCCCAUCUUUUGAACGCUACAUGGCACAGUUAAAAUGCUACUAUUUAGAUUAUAGGGAUCAGCUGCCAGAGUCUGCCUUCAAGUACCAGCUGUUGGGUUUGAACCUGCUGCUCCUGCUGAGUCAAAACCGAGUUGCAGAGUUUCACACUGAGCUUGAGCUGUUACCUGCCGAGCAGAUACAAACCAACCCUUACAUCCGGCACCCCGUGUCUCUGGAACAGUAUCUCAUGGAGGGCAGCUACAAUAAGAUAUUCUUGGCUAAAGGCAACGUACCUGCGGAGAGUUACAACUUCUUCAUUGACAUUCUCCUCGAGACAGUGAGGGAUGAAAUCGCCAACUGCCUGGAGAAGGCGUACAGGAAGAUCUCCACCCAUGAUGCUACGAGGAUGCUCAACCUUCCCAACCAGGCGGCCAUCAAAGAAUACGGAAACAAGAAAAGCUGGACCUUGGGUAAGGACAACUAUUUCAAGUUUGGAGUAGAAGAAAAGAAGUCAGAUGAAGCUCUGCCCUCUGUGGAGCUCAUAGAACAAGUGAUUGAGUACGCCCGGGAGUUGGAAAUGAUAGUUUAAGCUCUUUUUUCGCUUUCAUUUAAAUUAUUAAUCAGUUUUUCUAAAUAUAACGUUCUAUGUUCGUAAAA